AUGAGCGCUGUCCUCAACCAAAGUGCUGAGGAGCAGCCCGUGGCCUUCUGCUACCAGGUGAAUGGGUCUUGUCGCAGGACGCUCUAUCCUCUGGGGAUCCGGGUGACCAUCUACCUGACCUGUGUGACAGGCAUGAUGAUCACGGUUCUAGGGAAUCUGUUUGUGGUGUUGGCUGUGUCCUACUUCAGGGCACUUCACACUCCCACCAACUUCUUGCUGCUGUCCCUGGCCCUGGCUGACAUGUCCCUGGGCCUGCUGGUGCUGCCCCUCAGCACAGUUCGCUCAGUGGAGAGCUGCUGGUUCUUUGGGGACUUCCUGUGUCGCCUGCACACCUACCUGGACACCCUCUUCUGCCUCACCUCCAUAUUCCACCUCUGCUUCAUUUCCAUUGACCGCCACUGUGCCAUCUGUGACCCCCUGCUUUACUCCUCCAAGUUCACUGUCAGGGUGGCCCUCAGGUACAUCCUGGCAGGCUGGGGGGUGCCAGCAGCAUACACUGCCUUCUUCCUCUACACAGAUGUGGUAGAGAGAGGGCUCAGCCAGUGGCUGCAAGACAUGCCUUGCAUUGGCAGUUGCCAGCUGCUCUUCAACAAGUUUUGGGGAUGGCUAAACUUCCCUGUGUUCUUUUUUCCCUGCCUCAUCAUGAUCAGCUUAUAUGUGAAGAUCUUUAUGGUUGCCACCAGGCAGGCUCGGCAAAUCAGCAACAUGAGCAAGAAACUGGCUGGGGCUGCUAAGCGCGAGAGAAAAGCUGCCAAGACCCUGGGCAUCGCCAUGGGCAUGUACCUCCUGUGCUGGCUCCCCUUCACCAUCGACACACAGGUUGACAGCCUCCUUCACUUCAUCACGCCACCGCUGGUCUUUGACAUCUUUAUCUGGUUUGCUUACGUCAAUUCAGCUUGUAACCCCAUCAUCUAUGUCUUCUCCUACCGGUGGUUCAGGAAGGCACUGAAACUCAUCCUGAGUCGAGAGAUCUUACCACGAACACCCACUAUUGAUUUGUACCAAGAAUGACCCCUUCUACUGGGUGCAGACAAAGAGUAAGGACAGUGGACAGAGGGUGAU